AGAGCAUGGCGGAGCCCGCAGAGCCGCCGCCUCCCGCUCCGGUGCCGCGGCCGGCUGCUUUCUUCGGGGCCGUGGCACCGGGCAACCCUGUGGUGGACAGCCUGGAGGCUGAGCUGCGGGACGUCGUGCGCUUCCUGCGGCGGCUGAGAGGCACAGGGGAAGCCGAGCCGCAUUGGCACGAGCUGCACCGCCGAGGAGCAAAUACUCUGUUUAAUAUUUGGAUCAAAUACAAGCCUCGGCUGCCAGACUGGUAUUACAAUGACAAACUUCUGAAAGUUGGUGAUUCCCUUGCUCAGAUCAAAGAGUAUAAGUUGGCACUUACACAGUGCUAUGGAAGAUACCUUCAGCAGUUCUGUUCUGUAAACCCUGAUGAUAUCACAGAUGAUGAAAAUCAAUUUAAAUCCACCUUUUUUCCAAAUGGUUUCAGGGACAAAAAUGCAGCUCUUACGUUCCAUGCUUUGCAAGAGAGGAAUGUUUGUGUUUAUCAGAUGGUUUGUAACAGUGACAGAAAUCUUCAGAAACAGGAGUCCCUGCAGACUUGUUUCAAAGUCUUGUCAUCAUUACGACUCACCAUGCAAAUGGCUCUACCUCAGCAGAAUUUGUGUUGGCUUAUCUACAAUGGUACAAUUCAUAUUUAUAUGAUAUGCAGACAUUUGAUGAUGAUAGGUCAGUCUGCUAAGGUGCUGGAAUAUCUACUGUGGGCCAGUAUAUGUAUGGAACUAUCCAUUCCACUCUUAUCUGUACAUUAUUUGACAUGGAGAGCCACUCUAUAUGCUGCAGUUUCUCAGUGUUAUUUUGAUUGUCAAGCCGGCAUUCAUGGAGAGGUAUUUGCUCGCCGUGGUCUGAUUCAAAUUAAUGAACUGAAGCAAUUAGAAAAUAUCAGUUCUUCACAGAAAAGUUCAGAAACAGGAAAGAUUUUUAGAGAGGCCACUAUAAAGAUGUCAGUAAUGAUUUUCAAAAGAGCAGUAUAUGAAUCCAGAAGAAAGCCAAAAAGCUAUUUUCGACCUAAGUUAAGAGUUAACUUGAAAGAAGCACAAAAUUUGCCAUGGCCUCGUACCACUACUGAACAGCUGCUGAUGGAAAUGUUUGAUGGUACUGCAUCUCAGUUCCUUGCCAUCCUGGAAGCUCUGUCUGAUAGCAGUAGGCGUGUGCUGCACCCUACUCCACCUGUUCCUGAUGAACCUGAAAUUCGUGAUGUGAUUUCAGAGCUUUUUUUUGCAGGCCUGGAAAUCCUCUCAGGUGGAGUGAGCAGUACUGAUGUUCAAGGAGAUGAUUGCACCGAUAAAUUUGGUAUAAUUAAUGCAUCAUCAACUCUUCUGCAGUUGAUUCUGACAGGGGAAAAGAGAGUGUCUGGAGAGGCUGCUGUGAAGUUUGCAAAAUUAGCUUUCAACUAUGAGGAGUGGGACGUGUUUGAUUCCGCUAUUGUAUUUGUUACUAAUUUUCUUCAGGCUCAGAAUGACCCAAGAUGGAAGAAGGCAGAAGUGGAACUUAAACUUCUUACCUUGAUGAAACCAUUACUAUUUCCAAGAAAAUUUAGGCAUGGUUUUUCUGUUAGUGAAAAUAAUACCAAGGGAGAUCAUAUGCCUCGUGUUUCUGAUAAGAAACGUACAGUCAGAAGUUCCUUGAAGUGUGGAGAGCCUUCUCAUGAUCUUAUCAUUUUGGCAACAACAGUGUUUUCCUAUGUCUCUACAUCUAAGCAGAAUAUCCUACCUGACAAAGAAAUACUUUUUGAUGUCAUAACGUUUCUGUGGCAGAAGUGUAAAACAGGACUUCAGUUAAUCCAGAUUAAUGGAAUUGGCAACUUUAAAUAUAACCACAAAUACAAAGCUUCCAAAUGGGUUUAUGUACUCUGGAUAAUAAAUGAAGUAAUUCUGCAAAGUAAUGUAGCAGAUACUGAUGUUGUAAUGGUAGCAGAGAUAACCUUAUGUCUAACUGCAAUAUUGGAAAAUAUGGCUGAUUCUGCGAGUAAAUCUAAGAAAAAAGCAGGAAAAAGAAGUGUAAUACUCUCCGAAGAUGAUUCCUGUGACAUUCCUGAAAUAUUAAUGAGAAGUCCUACAGAACAACUGCAGCUUGCUUAUGAAUAUCUUGAAAAAACAAUUAAUGAAAUGAACAAGUCUCGCUUAAUGACCUUUCUACCAGAUGGAAAGUCAAUACUUGACGACUGCUGUACAAAGGUGGACUCACAUGGCCAGAAUUUGAGUUCUGUUCUGGAAUGGAGUAAUGAUAAGACAAGAACAGGAAAUAGUUUUUUAAUGGAUUUACACUUGGAGCUCAUUCAAGCUCAACAUCGAAUAGCUGUGAAACUUCUUAAAAUGACACAAAGCGUUCAAAAGGAUGGCAAAAGUCUUAAGUCUAGCAAGUAUCAUGUGAAGAAUAAUGAAGAUUCCCAUUAUUUAACAGAGGCAGAUAUAAUGGGAAAAAUUAAAAAGAAUAAGCUAUCCAGAGCAAUCUUUUUAAUGGAAAAAGCUGUACAGAUGUUCCCUAAAGACCUAAGUACUUCUUCCCAAAGGCAGCUACUGAAGGAGGCACUAACUUUAAUUGAGCAAGUUGAAGCUGAACAAAGUGCAUUGUAUCACAGUCUCAAAGAAUUUAUGAGCAGCAAGAAAAAAAGCAAGAUUCCUCCUCCUCCUCUAUUACUUUCUAGAUCACAUUGCUCCAUGACAUUUAAACCUGCCUCAUUCUCCUCAGAUGUUCAGGUUGCAUGGUACAGUAUUUUGGGCUGUGUAGCAGGAGAAAGUAAUACGAAAGUAAGAUUAAAUAACAACAAACUUCCAAAUGCUGGAGAAGAGAUACUGGCUGAUGGAAAAAGCCUCUUGGAGGUACAAGGCUUAGAUCCCAAUGAGAAAUACAUAUUUGCUGUUGCAGCAUAUUCUUCUGAUGGAAAACUUAUUGGUGAUGCUAUUGGGGAAACAACUAGGCCAAUCCUCGCAUAUCCACCUCUUUCUGCUACUACCGUUCGAGCUUAUCUAACUCAGGUAGCCUAUCAGACUGGCAACUACACAUUAGCCAGAGGAGCAUUUUCACCGAUGUGGGAUUAUUUUGUUUCAAAUUCUUCUCCACUGCCCACCAAUGCAGCUGUUAUUUCUGCAAGAAGUACUUUGACUAUAUCUGAAAAGAGGUUACGUUUCGAGGCUGUAUCUCAGACUUCUCCAAUCACCUUGUAUCUCUUUCUGAGGAAUAUAUUUGCUAUCUGUGACAUUAAUAUCACAGAAGGAGCACUGUUCUGUGAUUCCAUUUGUUGCGAUGAGAUACUUUAUAAGGAACAAGUCGGUAGAUUAGCAGAAUGUGAAAGAAUGACUGUGGCAAUUGAACUUAGUAAUUUCUUGAAUGAUGCAAGUUAUGCACUGCAGGCAGUUGUACAAUGCUAUGGUCUCCUUGCUCCAAUUAUUUAUCACAAGAUUUCUGCAGUGCCAGUAGUUCAGAUUCUCAUUAAGUGCUUGGCCAUCCUCCAAGAAAUUCCAAGUGCUACUUUGCAAAGGAGACAGGCAGGAUGUUAUGAGAGUAUUCAACAUAUGAUAGCUUGUACUUCAUUUUAUACAGCAAAGGUUCUACGUUCAUGGAAAGAAUAUGAACUAGCAGUAAUUAUUAUUAACUAUGGGAAAAAUUUGUUGGAUUCCUCACAAACAACCGCAACUGGCCAGCCAGGAGCUACAGAAACUGAAGAAACACACAAAAUUAAGAACAUUUCUGCAAAGACAUCCCAUUUAGCUGCAAUGGAAAAAGCAACAGAAAAUCUAAGUGCUCUUGAAUCAAAUCUCCUAAGACUGACGCAACCAGCUCGUGGAUCAAAGCUUGCAGGACAGGAAGAUCCUUUGUUCCUCUACCCUAUAAUUUCAUGUUGGACAUCAAACACUGCGUAUCGAGAAGUGAUGAAAUUCAGAAAUAAAUCACGUUUUCUUGAGUUCUUUAUUCAAGUUUUGCACAAAAUCCUGAAUGAAGAGAAAUUUCACAGUGUUCUGGAAUGGGCAGAAAAUGUGCAAACUUUCUUGAAAAGGAGGAACAACCACAUUCUUGGUAUCAGUGAAACUCCAAGACAAAAAACAAGUUCUCCCAGUGAGCCUGAGGGCACCAAGAAGUACACUGUAGGAGUUAAGGAGUUCCAGAAGAGUACGAAGACCUCACCUGUAAAGAAGCAGAAAGCACCAGCUUUGAAGAAAAAAGGAAAAGAAACCCCGAGUCCUACUAGAAAAAGGCAGACUCUUAGACAGUAUUUUAUGAAACAUCCAAACAUAAUGAAAUCACCAGAAGCACAGAGGAAACAUAAGGAAGAGUUACAAAAAGUAGCUCAUAACACCUUAGUGGUACUGCUGAAACCAGCUGUGAGUAAUUACUUAAACCGAAAGAAGUUUCAUCAAAUAUGUCUUGAAGAGAUGCCUUGGAAGUCCCAGAUGAAUAUUUAUCUGGCGAAUGCACACUACAACUUAUUUAAAAAGAAACUAGAAGAACAAUAUAACAUCGGAAUUUGUGGUUUCCAUCAUCAGGACAGUUACAAUAUUCUAGAUCCUGAAAUAUUCUCAUUAAAUAAUUCUGGAACUGUAGUGGUGAGAGAAGCUGUGGAGAAUAACAGAAGAACAUCAAAUCCUCUGAAGUCACCUUCAGAACUGACCAAAAAACAAACAUAUACAGAUAGAUCUUCUCAGCACAGCACUAAAUUGUGGGGAAGAGAUACUCCUCAAACUCAAAUGACAAAUGAUAUGGAAAUAUCCAUCUCACUUUCUCCCAAAGAAUGCAGGCAGUUUCCAUCAUAUACCAUUUUAUUGGACCAUUUUACAAAAAUCUUCCUACAUUUAAGAAGAGCAGCGGUUCUUGCUCACCGUGGAGGCCACUGGACGUUGCUUCAAAAUGCAUGCAGAGAACUGUGGAACUAUACUCAAGAAUCACAAUCUAUUUCUAACCGUUCCCAUUCCCAGAAGGAUGCAUUUCCCAUUACCAGGGAGUUUCUUAGGAACACAGUUUGGUUGCCAUUUUAUUUGGCAUCGGACAUGAUUAUUGAUAUGAUAACUGAACUACAAGCAAGCAAUUCUCUUAAGAUUGUGGAGCCUGAAGGAGAUUUCUGCAUUCCCAGUUGCUUAGGAGGUAUCACUGAUGAGAAUGGUGGUUCAAAUCUCCAUCCACAGUCUCCCUUGGAUGAUGUGAAUGUGGUUGACUUGAAAUGGAUAUGUAAUCUGAUUCUUAAAACAUUAGAAUUUUUGUAUCAAAUGAAGAAAUGGGAAGCACUGGUACACAUAGCUUUACAGUUUAAUGUAUUUACACACGAGAGAUAUACAGAACAAGUGAGUCCAUUGCUGGUGUAUGCUCAGAGGCAACUACUGGAGAGGAUACAGCAAUUCGGGGGCCCUGGCAGUCAUGAAUCUAAUUUCACAAAAUAUCUAUCUGAUAAUGCAAAUAAGUUGAGCUGCAGAGACUACAUAGGGCAGAAUCUACAGCUACCUGUUGCCCGUUCUGCUAGUAUACUGGUCUUUCCAGGCUGCUUUUUCUGUCCUGAGAUGAAAAAUGAUUAUGCAGAUGGCAGUCAAGCUAAACCCAUAGUUUAUGUGCCUCUUGAUGUAAAGGAUGCACUGCAAUGUUUUAGAGAAAGUCUAAAAAAAUCUAAAUAUCACAGCAGAGCAUUGAAACACAGCAGAAAACUGCUUUCACUUUUUCUUGCAUACACACAAGAAGUUGUUGGAAGAACAAUCAGUCAAAUCUCUCCAGAUAGAAGGCUAGAAUUUAAUGUGGGAGCCGAAUUGGCGUUUCUACCAACACCAAGUGACCUUUCUCAAGAAAAAUUUAAUUUCUCCAGUAGCAUUGAGAGGAAACCAAUACCACAGUCACAGCUUUCAUUAAUUGUCUCUUCCUAUGAACAAACAAUUGAAAUUCUUGAAGUAAACAACCAGAGAGACCUCAAAGUUCAGGCUCUACAUGAACUCGGAAAUCUUCACUUUUAUGCUGGAAACAAAAGAGCUGCUUUUAAAUAUUGGUGUCAAGCCCUUGAUGAAACACUCAACACUGAUGAUAUUCUUAACACCUGGCAAGAGUUAGGCUUUCCAAAAAAUGCUACGGAGUGCUUUGCAGUUGGAAGAUCUACUGAUAUUUGUCAGAAAUUUCUUUCUCAGGCUGGAAUUUGGGGAUGUUUGCAUGCAGCAGUUUUAGUAGCUAAGAUAGCUCAGUAUAUAACAACAUCUAAUGUGAGAUUAAGAACUAGAUACUGCCAGUUUUCUGCUAUACUCUUUAAGAGUCUGUUUAGGGCCUCUCUUCCACAUCCCACAUCUGACUGUGACUUCGCACAGUAUGAAACACAAAUGCUUAUUCCUGGAAUUGACUUGUUCUCUGAUCGCUACAGAGCUGAUAUCUCCACCGUAGUUGCAAGUCUGAAUUUCCUUAUGUUUGAACUGCAUUGUGCGAAACAAAAUUUAACAAUUUUACCUCUGUUCACAUUAUACCAAUACUUCAUUUCUGAGAUUUGUAAGGACCCCGCUAAAUGCAUUGAAGGAAGAAUCUUCAAGAUUAAAGUACUUACAGAUAUAGGAUUUUUUACAGAGGCCUUUCAUGAACUAUGUUUACUUAAUUGUGGAGAAAGAAUCCCAUGGAAAAUACCGGCAGGGUACAAAAUAAAUGAAGAAAUAAAGACCUUACUGUACUUUGACUCCUCAAAAUCUCUCCUGAGUUUUACAAAUUUACAGGUACUGGAGGACAUAUUUAACUGGAGUCUGUCUUUAACAGUAGUGCCACUGUGCAACCAACAAAUUAUGAAUAAAUUAAUCUUAGCCAAAAUGCAUUUCAUCAUUUGCCUUUCUGCCACAAUAAAUAAUGUACCUGAAAAAGUAGAAAAAUGCAUAUAUUCUGUUGAUAACAUGCCAGAUGGAAAUACACCAUCAAAUGUAAAAGUUGAUGCUGUUAAGAAUUUCAGACAACGGGAACAAAGAGACACAGUGAUGCAGCUCAUCGACUGUGAAGCUGAAUUAAAUAUGGCCAUGCUGAAGGGAAUUUUGUUGCAAGAAGCUGAAGAAAGUCUUAACUGUCUUGUGCAGAACAUACAGGACAAAUAUGAUGGGAAGAUAUACCACUGUUCUGCAGAAGAUUUAGAGGUUCUUACUGAAGCCAAACUUCAGCUUGCAGCUAUUUCUCAGCAAUGGCACCGAGCAGCUCUCAGCGUUGCUUUGGCUUUCUCUGCAAUUCGGCUUCUCCAAGAUGCAGAUAUUUUUAGGAUGACAGCAACAAAUUUUCAAGAAGAAAAGGAUAAAAGGGACAGUUUGGAUUCUUGUGUUGAAGAUGCCCAACAGCCUCACAGUACUAUAGCGCAAGAUCAUCUGAAUGUACGUCUGUGGCUAAGGUGUCGUAAAAUGUUAGUGACUGCACUAGCAACACAGCUACACAGUGUCGGUGAUAAGGAAGAAAAUAAUGUGGCUGAACGCAGAAGUAUUGUAAAAGAAGUAAUAUUAGAGGCAGAAGCCUUUGGUGAUACUGAGACUCAGGCUGAAAUGAUGGUGCAAGCAGCAAUUCUUGACCUGCAAGAAGGAUGUCCCAUGGCUGACAUUAAAAUUCUUUUGCAGAAUAUCAUCAGUUUACUCCAAGAGGAUAAAUUUAUUUCUCCUCCAGCUUCUUUGACUCUUGUGAAAAGCAUGCUUCUGAUGACAGACAUACUAGCGCUGCAAACAAUAGAGAAUAUGGAAUAUUGUUCUGCAGUGGACCCAUUAAACUUACUCAAUUUGGCACAUGACAUCACCUUGAAAGAAAUUUUUUCUUGCGGGGAGUAUAUUGAGCAGCAGAUAGAAGACAGUACCUUGACCUGCCUUGUCCUACCUGCAAAAAAUAUCUACUUGCCCUAUAUAAACCUUCUAGCCCAAGUCAAAAUGAGAAUUGGAAACACAUUAGCUGAAAGAGUAGCUUGCACACCUGAAAGAGAAGAUCCGCUGCAGUGGUUACAUGCUCUUAAACAUUUAGAAACAGCACUGAAGCUUUGCAGAGCAUCUGCAACAGAAGUAUUAGAUAUGGAAGCUCAACUUCUUUUUCAGAUAGGUAAGGUGGAAUGUCAGAUAGCCAAAGCAGGCAAUAACAAGCCAUAUCAAGCCGUUGAAACCCUGUUGGAAGCUAUAAAACUGAGCCAGCAACAUGAUCAAAACUUUGAGUUAAUAAGAAGAUCAUACCUUGAAAUAGCACUAUUAUACUUGCAUUUUGCCACAAAUAAUGAGAAUUUGUCACAAAGAGAUAAGACUGUACCUUCAAAAUCAGAGAUCUCUGCUGGAGAACUCUCUUCCUCUCCUGGCGAGACUCUGAAAUCAGAAGGCUACAAAGUGCGAGCUUGGAUUGCAGUAAGAGCAGCCAGACAGGUCAGUGAAGCAGUGGUUGCCUCUCAGCUAUUAAUUGGAAUGGAGAGCAUUAAAGAACACAACGUGAAGGAUGCUCUGCAGCAGAAAAUUCCAGAAUUUGCUUCCAUGGAUCUUCUUGCUUCAUACAGAGAUUACUUGUCUGAUGAAUACAAUGUUGUCUGUGGAAGUCAUACAGCGUCUUCUACUGAAAAUAAACAAACCAUACAGGAGGAUCAGAACCAAAAUGAAGGAAUGGAAUGUCUUGACACCAGCUCCAACCAGAAGAAAGAGAUAAUAACAUGGGUUCACCUAAUUCGCUACCAUAGUUAUAUAGAAGGGCUUUGUCACACAAACCUAUUUGCUGCCCAUAAAUCAGGACUUGGAUCACUUUCUGGAAGAGACGGACACUUGAAUUCUCUUUGUGACUCGUGGGUUGUUCUACGCGUGGCAGAAAUGCACUCCUUUCUCAAAAAACACUUACUUGAAUAUUCAGUGUGUUGCCUUGAGAGUUUCCCGGAACAGCUACGAGAUUUAGAAGUGUCACGUGGUUGCUCACCUGAUUCUCCAAAGACAUCUCUUGAAGAUUCAGGAAUUUCACCAAAGGUGUCAUGUGUGAAGAUAGCUUCUCAGGUUUCUGUCGUCGCAGAAGCAGGCAGUCACAUGGAGAGUAGGGCAGCAAAUGCUUCAAAUAAAGAAAUUAGCAUUCAGUGGUAUAUUCCUUCCCUGGCAAAGCCAGCCAACGGUGCAGACACUAAGGUUUUGCUGCUUUAUGCUUAUAAUACACAGCCUGUCAAGAUCAGCAAUGUCAAGUUUUUCAGUUCAAUGUCUGUGUUUUCAGGUCAGUUGUGGAUUCCAUUAGCAAGAAUUAUUUCUUUAAGAGAGAAAUUAUCUAAUCUGAAACAUCAAGUUGAAAUGCUGAUGCAAAGUUUGGGAAACUCUCCAGCUGCAGAACCUACAAGUUUUCUUGAACAAAAUGAAGCCCUGAAAACAACUCCUUCAGAAGAAGCUGAAAUGAAUAUUGCAAGAGUGCAUCUUGAUGAAAAAACAGAAGAAAUGGCUACAAGGUGCUUAUCUGAAGUCAAGGCUCUGCUCUCUGCUGUUCCAGUCCUGGCCUUGACAUUAACGGAGAUUCCAUUUGACAUUAAUUUGCAAUCAAUAGCAAGUUUGGAAGAUAUGUUUGAUCUUGCAAAUGGAUGUACAAUAACUGAAGAAAGUCUCUUCAGUUGGAUCAUUUCUCUUUUCCACUAAAUUCUGUUUUUGCAAUGACUCCAUCAAUUGCUGGCUGCUAAACAUUUUGACUUCAGCUCUGGUGUUAACUAAACAACUUCAUUUGA